AUGGAUAGCUCGCACAGUCCACAAAAUGGCACAGUGGCCAACCGUAUUCGAGUCUUCCAGGACGUCCAGCAACUCCAGACACAGAUCCCCUCCUUCACUCUCCCUCCUCGCGCCCUCCGCGAGGCCAGAGACGCCAGUCUGUUCUCUGGCCAAGGGCGAAGCCGAGUCUCCAAGUUUACCCCUCCAGCCGGGCGAGUAUCCAUGGAUGGCAACGAAGGUAUCGGAGGAGAUGGCCGUCCUUCCGGGGCCUCCCAAGGAGACAGGCACGAGAUCGUUCCUGUACGGCCUUUCACCAGCAUGGACGGACCUGGCGACGAAAAACCUUCUGUCCACUGGCCGGCUCUGCGCCAAGUCGGUCAUCAACUCCGCCGCCAACAUCGCUCCAUGGAGAACGUUGCAGAUGAUCCUGCGCUGGAGAUUGCCAUGGCUAGAUCUCGACUUCGUUCCGUGGCUCCCACGCAAGCCACUGUCCAGGAAGAGCCAUCACGGGGCCGUUCUUACACGAUGGACGAGUUGAAUACCAUGUUGGAUGAUGCGAUCAAGAAUAGCUCACCCCAACCCGAAGUCACUUCCAGCGAGCAGCCCGUCAAUCUCGCCCCAAAGCCCGGUUUUGUCCUUCGUCGAGCAUCCACCCGGCAAGCUCGUCGUCCAUCGCAGCGUCGUCCUCGGUCCCGUGGCGUCAGCACCGAAUCUGUUGCGCCUCGUAGCAGUGAGGAAUCGACGAGAGUAGCUUACGAGGGGGAAAAGGAGACAGAGCAGCCAAGACAACACGACAUGAGCAGCAAACAACCUCAGAAGCCAGUGUCUCCUGCUGCUCCGUGGUCGAAACCACCUGCAGACCCAGCUGGAAGUCCUGUCAAGCAAAGAGCUGCCAUGUUUGAGAGCCUCAACAGAAAGCCCACCGGUCAUGAACAAGUUUGUCAACAUUUUGGGCACGAACAUGAGCCAUCACAUCAGCAUCAGCACCGCCCUACUAAGAAGAUCCACCGUAUCAAGUUUGGAGACACGAUUGAAGAGAGGCCAGGCACUCCCUUGAUUCCCCUGACAUUGCCGACCCUCGUCUCGCAAGAAAAGACCAGCAGACCUCCGAGCAGCAUGAAACAAGAGCCUGUUGCCUCUGAACUUCCCUACCCUAUUGAAGAAGAGACGGCAAGCGACGAUGUUUUCAAGGAAGGGAGGAAGCCUUCAAUAAGCUGGCCUUUCCGAUGGAGCAUUUUUAAAAAGGGAGCCUCUGCACCAGCUCAGGAGACCGACACGCCUGCCGUUGAUGCAGGGACAAAGGACGAACAUUAUCCCACCACUCGACCUAGUAUCGUGAGGAGCAAAGUUCAGGAUCUGCUGCAGGCUGCAAAUGAGAAAGACGAUGCAGAGCAGCGACGGCGAAAUGCGGAGAGAGAUCGUCUCAGUCGAAGACCAACUCGAGCUGAAACCCCAAGAAGGCAGACCGAAGCAAAUCGCGACGAGACAAGACAGGAGAAAAUGGUUGAUCCGAAGCCAGAAACUCCAGGGAAGGAGCUCAUCCAGAAGAUGCCCACAGAAACAGACGAUAAAAAGCCACCCCCUAGGACUCCUCUUCAACGUGCCAUGUCGGAAAAACAGGUCCUAGCACCACCCACGCGGGCUGAUCAAGAAGGUGAAUCAGGAUCAAGCCCGCGGAAGCCUCCGCCUCAGACUCCCAUUCGUGGAAGGUCCAUCUCCACCCAUCGGCCCUCAUUUGGGGAACAAAAGCGCGCUGUCCAGCAGCAGUUCAGUCUGAGUCCUGGCCCAAGCCGCAACGGUUCAAAACAACGUCAGGGUGUCAAGGUUGAGGUCGAGAUUCGUGACAGCCCCGAGCGCGAGGCUAGAGAGAGGGGGGACAAGAUUGUGAUCAUCAGGGCAGAUGUUUCAGAGGUGGAUGGGGGAGGUGCUGGGUCACCUAUUUGGGAGUCAGCAGAUUGA